CUGUGGUUUGAAUUUGCUUGUGCCUAUUUUUCUGCGGGUUGUUUCCGUUGUGCUUGCUCCGUACCCGCCUCACUUGCAUUGUUUUGUUGUUCUUUGCUUCAUGUCCCGUCCUCUCCCCUGUCUUAACCUGACCUACCUGCACGGCUGUCCAACCGCUGCACCAACCCUCGGUCCUCUCUUUCCGUCCUCCUUUUUCGCGCCCGAAUGUUUCGUCUUCUCCGUCCUCUUGUUGUGCCGGUCCUCCAUUCUUUGAUAUGCCAUUGUCGUUAACAAUGCCACGGCUUCCACGUCGCACAUUAUGUGAUGGUGUGCAUCUCACGUCACCCUCUGCUCAUGUUGGCUCUCCGACAUACAUGUACACCGCCACACAACUAACCACUGCACAUGUACACCAAACCACACACACCCAUUUUCCACCUGACAGGGUUCGCCAGUGUUCACGACAAUGGCAGGGAAGAUCGCAGGUGGCAGGUGUACACCUGCAAGGUUGACUGCGACCGUAACAACGGCUAUGUGCCCUCUGGCAAGGCGGAGUGCACUCGCGUGACCUGCGGUGCUCUUUCGCUGGCACAUGGAACUCUGAGUGGUACCUGCAAUGGCAACUUUGGCGACAAGUGCACGUACCAGUCGUGCGAUUCCGGGUUUCAGCUAAGCGCGUCCGGCACAGUCGGUGCGCGUGAAUGCGUCGUCUCGGGGUAUUCUGGCAGCUGGACCGGAUCAGCACGCACAUGCGAUGACAUCAACGAGUGCCUGACGGGCGCCCACGAUUGCGUUUCUCCGGCUGUGUGCGUGAACGAUGUUGGCUCAUUCCACUGCGAUUGCCCUUACGGCAGCCUCGACGGCACUGGCAAAGCGUGUGAUGCCAACAGCCCCUCCGCAUCAGUGAGCUCAACAGCGACUUCACUGACCUUGACUGUUACGGGCGCCAGUUCCUUUCCGAAAUAUGAGGUAUCCAUUGGAGAGUGGCCUCUCGACUUGACCCAGCCCACUGUUCUUUCCAACUACCCCGUGCGGAUGAACAGCCCUCUGACUCGUUUGGACUUUAACAACCUCAACAGCGGGCGCCGCUUUCAGAUCACCAUCACGCCCCUUGACAACAACGACAACUUGGUGUCGGCCUCGCGCUACCAAGGCGGGAACACCGACGGUAGCAUCUCCACGCACUGCGGAUGCAUGUCUUCCGACCGAACCGGCGCCCCCACGGCACUUGCCCUUGAGCAGUCGUACGGCAAGGUGCUCUUCUCUUGGACGGACCAGAGCUACUGCGAGUCUGGCUUUUCCUUCUUCCGCGACAACGUUGGCCUGUCUGCCAACUACGACGUCACCUCGUCGCAGGCGUGCGGCGGCCAACACGAGCCCACGGACGUGUUUGACGAUCUUGCCGUGCAAAAGGACGACGUCUACGCAGGUGUUGAAGGCACGGGCUUCUUUGGUCUUCCCGAGGGCACCGUCUUUGUGCCGGCCGACAUUGAUUCCACGGCAACCCGCUUCGCGUACCCCGUGGAACUCCUCGAAACUGGACACUUCACGUCCACAAGCACUUCUUCCUCCACAUCCACCACGUCCUCCACAUCGACGUCAACAUCGUCUUCGGAAAUGACGUCCACAUCCACGUCGUCGUCCACGUCCACGGAGACAACAGCUAGCACAACCGCAGGCCAGGAUGUGUUCACAACGCCGGGCAUUGCCACCACGACCACAACAACAACGACAACAACGGCUGCGGGCAAUGGCGCAGCCACCACCACAAGCACCGUCGCCAACGAGGUUGAGUACUCCACUGGCAUUUCCACGAAGAUCGACCGCCGCCAGGAAUGCGCCGCGCUGUGCUUGCAGCGGUCGCAGUGGUGCGUUGGCAUUGUUGUGCAGCGAACAAGCGCAGGCCAGCUCGUGUGCCACCAGCUGAAACUCCUUCGCUACACGGCCAUCUCGGCCAACGACGCCAGUGCGGACUCGUACGACAUUGUGACGGUGUCUGGCACAAACGUGCAAGGCUCCUACCUGUUUGGCGGGUCCAAGGACGACUGCAUGCAGGCGUGCUCUGCUGACGCCGACUGCAAGAUGGUGUACGUCGGAAAGGGCUUCUGCGCCACUGCCAACAGCAUGACCAGCACAACCACCAACCCCACCACCUACCACGAGAACAUUCUCCCAGCGUACUUUCGCCGCUACAUCGGCACAGCGCCCGGCUCCACACGCCAGUACUGCGUUGUCGCCACCAACCCGCUUGGCUACUCGAGCUCCUCGUAUGCCUCAGCGGAAACUUGCCAAGGCCUCACCAUCCAAUGGGAGGCCGUCGUUCGCGGUCAGGUGAAGAUCGCUUCCAACGAGGUUCGCCUUCCUGUCGAGGGCGUCACCAUCGAGUUUGAGAUUGGCGGCGUCACCGGCACCCGAACCACAAACGCGGACGGGUUCUUCGACAUCCACGUGCUCACGGACCAGAUUGUGACGCUGCGCGAGACAAUGACCAUUCGCUUCUUCAAGUCGACCGGCAAUAUCCAGCACACCUUCUCCUGUGGCGGCAAGCCAUGCACAGAAACCACGCUCAUUGUUGAACACCUCCGCUUCGACCACGAGGUUGACAUCCGCGAUACGACUUCCAUGCCCUUCUCUGGCCGCGUGACGAUCCAGGGCACAGAGCACCCGGGCCUUCCGCACGGGUGCCCGCUGCGCGACGCAGAGGUGUGCCUGUACGACCGCAACCAGGGCGACUACGUUGUUGGCUGCGCCAUCACCGACGCCAAGGGCUUCUACACGGCGCAGGCAGUGCUCGGCGCCUCCGUGGGCGUUUCCGUCACGUUCGGCAACUCAUCGCACAGCUUCGAGCGCGUCCCCUUUGUUGAUGGCACGCCCAACGCGCCCAGCGGCUACUUCAUCCGCGCAGACCCGAGCACGGGCAAGGACGUGCGCACGGCGUACUACGACAUUGGCGAGAACAAUCUGUGGGAGGGCGUUGACUUCCGGGACGUGACGACAGACACAGCAACAGUGGACGUGGCGGGCGGCAAGUGCAACCUCACGCUCGGGCGCGCCACCAUCGAGUUCCGCUACGACAGCUGCCCAACGUGGGUGCGCACGGAGAGUGUGGUGGACAGGAUCACCAAGUGGAGGCUCCCCGCGCAGCUGAUCACCGUGCGCUUCCAGCGACUCGUGCGCGCCGGCAACGUGCGGGAGGAGAUUACGCGGUACUUCUCGGCGGCCCUUGGCGAGUCGCGUGCGCUGUACGCGGACCUGCGCGACCCCGAGAACAAGAACCAGACACUGAAGACGACUCGGUUUGAGUACCACCCACCGCCAAAGCUCGAGGUGAGCUUCACCGGCGAGCAGUCGCAGACAUGCACGUACUCUGAUGGCCGCCCCUACCGCGUCAUCACGCAGAACACGCAGAGCCAGGUGACCAUCAAGGUCAUGGAGGACUACGGCACCGGCGUCGGCAUGUGCGACAUUGUGCCGGGCGUCAUCCAGGUGGAGAACCAGCUUGGCGAGUCCCCGGACACGGUGGCCGUGCUGAACAAGACAAUGCCUGGGCUGACAAACUCGCAGCUGAACAUGCUGAAGCGGUGCUACUAUCCUUGCGAGCUGCCGGUUGUGAUGGACUCCACAUCCACGGCGUCCGGCACGGUUGUGUCAAACUCGCGCGCAGAGUUUACCAUGCUCACAGGCAUGCCGCAGACCAACCCGGGGGCGCUGGACAGCGACCACCCGCACACCAAGCUCUUCCGCGCCACCAUGCACAACAAGCCAUAUGACCCCGUGACAGAGUCGCUGUAUGUGAUUGUGACGGGCGAGCUGGCGCAGGGCACAGGCGCGUCCAUCCCCUUCCCGCGCUACAAGCCUCUGCUGGUGGUGCAAGACCCGCCUGGUGGGCUGUCCUCUGCCACGUACGCCAACACGUACGCCAACUACCGCAUCGAGAGCAACGAGUACGAGUCGUACGGUGGGUUCUUCCUUGGCCUGGAGGUGACGCCGUUCCGUGUGGACGCCGAGCUUGACCUGUGCGUGGGUCUGGGCGCGGCCAGCUGCAUCAACCUGCUAACGGCAAAGACGGCGCCAGUCACCAUCAUGGCGGAGACGACAAACCUCUUUGGCACCAAGGACGGCAACGACAACUACGAGACGGACAAGGUAUGGUCGUUUGGGCUGGACGUGUCGACGAGCAAGGCGGCGGUGCUGGCUGGCGAGCGCUCCGACAUGUUCCUCGUGCCGGCGCUCAACGUCAUGUUCCUGGACACGGACAUUGUGGAGUUUGACGCUGCAACGUGCGACGUGACGCUGCGAACGGAGACCAUGUGGUCACUGGCGCCAGGCGCAAACGACGAGGUCAUGUCCUGGCUGUCCGCGUACGAGAUUGAGACGAAGGAGAUCCCGGAUCUGCGCGCGCGGCUGGCCAACGCCAACGCCAACAACGACACCGCGGAGCAGAAGGCGGAGCUGCAGAACGCCAUCAACGAGUGGGAAGCGAACUUGCAGCGCAACCGCGAUGUGCGUCAAAUGGCGGCCACGGGCAUGCUUGACACGGUGCAGCAGCUGUGGUCCACAGACAGCUUCACGCUCUCGGGCAAGAACAACGUCAACGGCCAGCUGAACAAGGGCGUGGCGCUCGCCCCGCACGACCUGAUUGACAAGGCCCUUGGCCUGAACGGCACCGGUGUGACAGACGCCCAGAAGGCGGCCCUGCGGGCCAUCAACACCAUCAAGUUCUCUGGCGGUGGAUCCACAUACACGUUUGAGUACGACGCAAGCACGGACAAGUCUGUCACCGACGGCACCAUGAGCAAGCACGAGUUCCGCGGCGGCGCCGCCGUCUCCUUUGACGUGUCUUCCGGAGGUAUUGGCGCCUCUUUCAAGAUUACGCCACUUGGUCUCUUCCGGUCGUCAUCGGCGCAUGAGGUUCAAGAGGGAUACAAGAAGGAUGAGCACAUUGAGUUCACGCUGGGCGAUCCCGACCCGUUUGACGUGUUUGACGUGCAAGUGUUCAAGCACCCUGAUUUCAACACGCUGGUGUUCCACACCACAUCUGGCCAGUCGUCGUGCCCGCACGAGUUCAACACGCUUGCACUGGAGCAGCCUGGCAUGACGAUUCUUCGACGCCCAGAGGCCCCCGUGCUGCCGAAUGAGCCGGCCGUGUUUGAGAUUGUGCUGCGUAACGACGCCGACUACACGACAUACAUGCAGCUGUACACCGUCAACAGCCAGAACCAGGAUGGGCUCGAAAUUACCGUCGAUGGGCAGUGGCUGGUGGACCCCAUCGACUUUGUGAGCUUUGCGCCUGGCGCCAAGCACAUCACGCUGGUGAUGAAGCGUGGGCCUACCGCCUACAACUAUGACCCGGUUGACCUGUGGUUCUCAUCGCUGUGCGAGCAGGAGCGGCUGGCGGAGACGGGCUACCUGAGCGACGAGGCCGCGGCGCAGGUGCGCGUGACGCUGGAUGUGGAGUUCCUGCAGCCGUGCUCGCCCGUGCAGCUGGUUGGCAAGAUUGGCGAGGACCAGACCUUUGUUGUGAACAAGGCCACGGACGAGCAAGCCAUGCGGCCGCGGCAGCUGCGCAUUGUUGCGUUCAACCCGGACUUUGCGAGGCGCAAGUGGACAGAGGACGACCGGCUGGUGAGCGUGCAGAUUGAGUACAAGCCGCGCGUGUCCAACACGUGGUUGCUUGCGCGCGACACAAACGGCGACGCGCUGGAGAUUAGCGGGCUGGAGAACGAGUACGGCUACGUGACCGUGUGGUGGGACGUCGGCACGUUGGCAGAGGGCGAGUACGAGCUGCGCAUCCGCGCGCAGUGCCAGCCGUCCAUCAACGAGGUGCCCGAGGGCAUUGACGAGCAGUACUCGAUCACGGUGGCUGGCAGCGUGGACCGCACCCCGCCCCAGGUGCUGGGCUUCCCGGAGCCCGCGGAUGGCGAGUACGAGCCCGGCGACGACAUUGCGUUUGAGUUUGAUGAGCCACUGCAGUGCAUGAAGCCGUUCCAGUUUGGCGUGCGCAUGGAGGUGACUGGCGUGAACCGCGUGUUUGACAGCACGAACAUGGUGAUUGUGUGCGAGGGCCGCCGCAUCACCAUGUCCCUUCGCCGCGGGUUUGCCUGGGAUGACGUGAACGGGCGGUCCGCGCGCGUGAUGCUGACGGCAGUGGAGGACCCAUACGGCAACAGCGUGCAGCAGGACCUGACACACCUCUUCGCGUUUGCAGACCUUGCACUCGAUCUGGCGUCGGUGCAGGUGUCUGGGCUCCGCUUGAGCGUGGCGUUCCAGGACGCCUACUACAACUCCACGUCGCCGGCGUUUGCGAGCGUGGCCAACACGAUUGAGAGCGACAUUGCGGCUUCGCUGGGCAUCAGCCAGGCGCGCGUGCAAGUCGUUGCCAUUUCGCCCGUGGACCAGACAGACUACACGGCAGGCGUCAGCGUGGACAUCCACCUCCUGCCGCCCACGGUUGGCGACUUGACGAACCGGCGCCGCGCGCAGGGUGACGUUGUCACUGCAUCGUCCCUUGCCACGCAGUUUGAGAUGCUGGUUGGCAUGGCCGCCAACACCAACACCUCCGCCUUCAGCGACAAGGAGCUGCUGCAGUACGUGUCGCAGCAGCCGAACAUUCAGCUCACGGUGGUGACGGCCACCUCCACCGCAAACACCACCGCUGCCCCCAGCUUUGUGACUGUCCAGGCCUCCUCUUCCACCAAGAACACCGAUGUCGAGAUUCCAGUUUACAUCAACAUGGUGCUGCUGAUCAUCAUCCUCGUGGUGCAGCUGGUGUUCUUUAUCCGCUGCUGGCGCAAGCCAUCUGCAUCCUACAAGAUGGACGCUGAGCGCACUGACGCUCCAAUGCCCAAGCGCCCCAGCUUCGAGGAGAACCCGGCCCUCAGCCUGUCCCAUGUCUGAAACAAGACACAACCUGGCAUGAAGACCUGACAACCGCCAUGCCUCACAUGCAAGACGUUCACUUGUUCUGGGCUCUUCUUGUGCUGGCGUGUUGUCAGUGUGUUGUGUGUUACUGCCCGCCUCUCCUCUGCCCCCCCCCCCCGCUUUCCCUCUUUCCCACUGCUUGUCGUUUUCUGCGGUUUCCUGUUGUUUCUCUCUGCGGCUCGCUUGUUUGAUUGAUGCACCGCAACCGUUCUGCCACCGCGGUUGUUGUUGUUGUGCCACCCGUUACUUCGUUUCAUUCCCAUUUUUGUUGUUCGCCUUUUUUUGUUGCCGUUUCCACUUCGCAUGUUGUUUCUCACCCGACGCCACGUCGAGAGACCGUUGUUGCCGUUGCCCAUCUAUGCAUUGCUUCGCUCCCCAAAUCGUAGUGGACCUCCAGCAUGGCAAUCAUGCUUUACAGUCCUGACUUGCUCUGAUUGGUUGGUUGGUGUUGUGAUGGUUGUAUGUUGCCUUUCGUGCACGUGCACGUGGGAGUCGACAGUGCUGUGGUUUUGCAUGACGUCGUUCCUGUUCGUUUGUGUUUCGUUCUCUCCGCCGCGUUGUUACUUCCACCCCCUCACAAGCCUCACACUACACAAGAAGCAAGACGAAGUAGAAAGCAAAGAGUG